CUAGAAAGUGCCUAAUUGGUCCCCGCAAAUUUCAACUUUUGGUUCAAUCGCUCUAAUUAAGUUUAUCAAUUCAUUCAGCCUUGUCACCAACUUCAUCUUUUCACCACCCGAGCACCAGAACGUGCACAUCCUCUACCAACCUGUAAUAUCGCCACCAUAUCAUCACUUUAUUAGCCAUACAUAUAAUUCAAAAAGUAUACCCGACUAUUACUCUUUUAUAUCACAUAAUGGCGGCGGAACAGAGAAAGCUGCUAGAGCAGCUCAUGGGCGGCCCGCAAACCUCGCGCGCCUCCCAAGUCUCACUAACCGACCCCAAAGUCUGCCGAUCCUACAUCGUUGGCACCUGCCCCCACGACCUCUUCACCAACACGAAGCAAGAUCUAGGCCCGUGCCCCAAGAUCCACGCCGAGUCGCUCAAGACGGAGUACGAAGGGUUGCCGGAGCCGGCGCGCCAGAAAUACGGUUUCGAUAUCGACUACGCGCGGGACCUGCAGAAGUACAUCGAAGAGUGCAACCGGCGCAUCGACGCGGCGCAGCGGCGGCUCGAGAAGACGCCCGACGAGAUCCGGCAGACGAACGUGCUUCUCAAGUCGAUUUCGGAUCUAAGCAGCACCAUCAACUGCGGGUUGCAGGAAGUGCAGAUCCUGGGAGACCUAGGCGAAGUCGGCCGCGCGUACGAGGAAUUCUUCAAAGUGCGGCAGGCGGCGCAGGCCAAGAUGGAGCGCGAGCGCGAGCUGAAGACCCUGGCCGACACUAGUGGUCCGUCCGGCCACCAGAAGCUCCAAGUGUGCGACGUCUGCGGCGCCUACCUCUCCCGCCUCGACAACGACCGUCGGCUCGCCGACCACUUCUAUGGAAAGAUGCAUCUGGGCUACGCGCAGAUGCGGAAGACGUACGACGCUUUACCUAAGGAUCUACGGGGCAGACCGCGUCCGGCACUGCAGGACGACGGCCCCAUGAGGGACGAUGGCGGUUACGGAGAUGGGUGGAAAGGAGGACCUCGGGGCCCUCGACGCGGUGGCUACGGAGGCAGGAGCGGACGCGGUUUCCGCGGCGGGUGGUAAUGUGGCAGCCAUAAUACCAAUGCAUACAACGGAGUUUCCGGCGUUUGGGUUUAAGUGGACAAAAAUAGUAGACACGAUAUCACUUUGGACAAGCAGACAUGAAAUACGUCUAGCGGUCCUCAAUUUUGAGUAAUUCAUUAAAUGCUCC